AAGUGCUCGGAUUAAAGGAAUGUGUCACCACAAGCAACUAAUAUCAGAGUCUUUUUCUUCCAGGUGUUUACAUGGAGAAGCCAUCUCUUACUGUUGAUUCAGGACCUCAGGGAUUCUCAGAAAUCAAUGCAACUCUCCACUGCCACACACAUGGUUCCUUUAAUAUCUUCAUCCUCUGCAGAGAUGGAAAUGCUUCCUUUCCCCAGAACUGCUCACGGCAGGACCACAAUACAUUCCUUAUCUCCCCUGUGAGCCCAGGGCACAGGAGGACCUACAGAUGCUUUGGCUCUAAAAAACACAAUUCCUACUUGUGGUCACUGCCUAGUGAUCCCCUUGAGUUUUCAAUCCCAGGGCAACCACCCCAGCCUUCCAUCUGGGCAGUUCCAGGAUCUGUGAUUUCCACAGGCAGUGCUGUGACCAUCUUCUGCAGGGCUCCUCCAGGAGUGACUAGAGUGCGUCUAACCCAUUAUGUACUCAAUGGAAAGUGGUUUGAUCGUACCCCACAGGGAGCCCAGGAGGUGUUUGAAUUCAGUCUGCAGAAUAUGAUACACAGCAAUGCUGGGAUUUACUACUGUGAAUACUCCAAGGGAGCUGAAUGGUCCCAAAUUAGUGACAAACUGGAGCUGGUGGUGACAGGUGCUUACAUGGAGAAGCCAUUCCUUACUGUUGAUUCAGGACCUCAGGGAUUCUCAGAAAUCAAUGCAACUCUCCACUGCCACAUACAUGUUUCCUUUAAUAUCUUCAUCCUCUGCAGAGAUGGAAAUGCUUCCUUUCCCCAGAACUGUUCAUGGCAGGACCACAACACAUUCCUCAUCUCUCAUGUGAGCCUGGAGCACCUGAGGACCUACAGAUGCUUUGUCUCUGACAAACACAAUUCCUACUUGUGGUCACUGCCUAGUGAGCCCCUUGAGUUUUCAAUCCCAGGGCCACCACCCCAGCCUUCCAUCUGGGCAGUUCCAGGAGCUGUGAUUUCCACAGGCAGUGCUGUGACCAUCUUCUCCAUCACCUGCCAAAAGCUCAUCGAUUAG